AUGUGUAGUUUUCGAGGGAGAAGACCAGGACGGGCCAAAGGCCUUCCACAACCACUACAACGACGACGACAUCUACUUCAACUACUGCAACAACGACAACAACUACUACUAGCACUAGUACAACAAGUUCCUCAACAUCCACGAGUACGUCAACAUCCACGACAAGUACCACAACAACCACGAGCACGUCAACAUCCACGACAACAACAACAACAAGCACGACGAGCACUAGCACCACUAGCACAACGUCUACAUCAACAACAAGCACGACGAGUACUAGUACCACUACGACAACAUCUACAUCAACAACAAGCACGACGAGUACUAGUACCACUAGCACAACGUCUACAUCAACAACAAGUAAUUGUCUCAACGUAA